AUGGAUGAACGAUGUUAUUCUUUUGUCCAAUACUCUUCCCUUGGAUCCUUUAAAGGUUUAAAGCUUAUCAUCAUAAGCGAAGGAAAGGCAAAGCUUUUUGAUUUGUCGGAAGAAUCAAGAAAGAUGCCCACUUUGAAUCUCUUUACAAAUAUACCAGUCGACACCGUCACAUGCUCCGACAUCCUCAAGGACGCUACUAAAGCCGUCGCUAAGAUCAUCGGCAAACCUGAAUCCUAUGUGAUGAUACUGCUUAACAGCGGAGUGCCGAUUGCAUUUGCCGGUACGGAGGAACCAGCUGCGUAUGGAGAGCUGAUAUCUAUUGGGGGAUUAGGAGCUGGCGUUAACGGGAAGCUUAGCGAGACGAUCGCUGAGAUUCUCCAAGUCAAGCUCUCUAUUGAUAGCUCCCGCUUUUAUAUCAACGACCCUUCUUCGGAUACAAUGGAUCAACUUUCUGAAACACGGGUUUCAAACGGUGACGAAGAGGCGAUUUCAACCUUUUACUGGGAGAGAAGAGUCGCUGUCAAUAAACCAAAGUUCGUUCUUUACCGGCCGUGCGACUUUACAAACGCGACUUGCUUCUCCGGCAAGCUAUUCGCGUCGCUGCUUAGUAUGACGGAGGAGAUCAAAUUCAGUGUUCUAGUGUCUCUCUUCAACUGGAUUCAGAAGAGCAAAACCUCUUCUCAGAAACGCUCCAAGUUCCGAAAGUUUCUCGACACCUACUGUAAACCCUCCGAUUACUUCGUCGCCGUCCGCCUCAUCAUACCGUCGCUUGACCGAGAACGCGGUAGCUACGGGCUCAAGGAGUCGGUUCUCGCCACGUGUCUCAUCGACGCCCUCGGAAUCUCUCGCGACGCUCCUGACGCCGUUCGCCUACUCAAUUGGCGUAAAGGCGGAACCGCUAAAGCUGGGGCUAACGCCGGCAACUUUUCGCUAAUCGCCGCUGAGGUAUUGCAACAAAGGCAAGGAAUGUCAUCGGGUGGGUUGAGUAUUAAGGAACUGAAUGAUUUGCUUGAUCGUCUAGCUUCGAGUGAGAACAGCGGAGAAAACUUCUGUUCUUUCAACUCUGAUUCAGAAGACGAAUGCGCAGGAAAUGAAGUGGAUUUGAAAUUGGGGAUGAGCGAGAAGAGCAUAUUCCAGGAGUUCCAUCCAGAUGCUGAGGACUUGUUUAAUGUCACGUGUGACUUGAAACUGGUCUGUGAAAAGCUGAGGGAUCGGCAUCAACGGCACAAGCGUCAGGAUAUAGAGGUUGGAAAAGCCGUACGGCCCCAGUUAGCUAUGCGCAUCGGUGAUGUAAAUGCUGCUUGGAAGAAGCUCCAUGGGAAAGAUGUAGUUGCUGAAUGCAAAUUUGAUGGGGAUCGCAUACAAAUACACAAAAAUGGGACUGGCAUACAUUACUUCUCUAGGAACUUCCUUGACCAUUCUGAAUAUGCACAUGCCAUGUCGGAUCUUAUUGUACAAAAUAUAUUGGCUGACAAGUGUAUCCUUGAUGGUGAAAUGUUGGUUUGGGAUACAUCUCUGAAUCGGUUUGCUGAGUUUGGUUCGAAUCAAGAAAUAGCCAAGGCAGCAAGGGAGGGUCUUGACAGCCAUAAACAGUGCCCACACUCCAGAAUCUCACAGCGGAACCAUUUUAGAGAUAUUAUUUUCCUUGACCUUGUACUAGAUGUUGCCUUUGAUGUUCUUUAUGUUGGAGAUACUAGUGUUAUCCACCAGAGUUUAAAAGAACGACAUGAGCUCCUGAGGAAAGUGGUUAAGCCUUUAAAAGGUCGGCUUGAAGUUUUGGUGCCUGAAGGUGGUCUCAAUGUUCAUCGCCCUUCAGGGGAACCAAGUUGGUCUAUUGUGGCUCAUUCUGCAGCUGAUGUUGAGCGAUUUUUUAAAGAAACAGUUGAAAACAGAGAUGAAGGAGUUCUGCUUAAAGACCUGGGAUCGAAAUGGGAACCUGGAGAUCGUAGUGGCAAGUGGAUGAAGCUGAAGCCUGAAUAUAUUCGGGCUGGUUCUGAUCUAGAUGUUCUUAUAAUAGGAGGAUACUAUGGCUCUGGGCGUCGUGGAGGGGAGGUAGCACAGUUUCUUGUUGCCUUGGCUGAUCGGGCUGAGGCAAAUGUGUAUCCCAGGCGAGUUGGCACUGGACUUUCUGAUGACGAGCUUGACACUGUUGUAAGCAAACUAAAGCCUUAUUUCAGAAAAAAUGAACACCCAAAGAAGGCUCCACCAAGCUUUUAUCAGGUCACAAAUCACUCAAAGGAGAGACCGGAUGUUUGGAUUGAAAACCCGGAGAAAUCAGUAAUACUUUCCAUCACUAGUGAUAUCAGAACAAUAAGGUCUGAGGUGUUUGUUGCACCUUACAGCCUGAGGUUUCCUCGUAUUGAUAAAGUAAGAUACGACAAGCCUUGGCAUGAAUGUCUUGAUGUGCAGGAUUUUGUGGAAUUGGUGAACUCGAGUAACGGCACCACACAGAAACAGAAGGAAUCUGAAAGCACACAGGAGCAUCCGAAAGUCAUAAAAUCCUCCAAGAGAGGAGAGAAAAAGAGCGUCUCUCUUGUCCCUCCUCAGUUUAUUCAAACUGAUGUAUCGGAUAUCAAGGGCAAGACCUCGAUCUUCUCGAAUAUGAUCUUUUAUUUUGUUAACCUGCCUCGGUCCCAUUCUCUAGAUACAUUCCACAAAAUGGUGGUUGAGAAUGGAGGAAAGUUCUCAAUGAACUUAAACAAUUCAGUGACUCAUUGCAUUGCAGCGGAAAGCAGUGGAAUAAAGUAUCAGGCAGCAAAGCGUCAGCGAGAUGUCAUCCACUUUUCAUGGGUUUCUUGCUCUUUUGAUGUCUCGUCUAAUGAAAAAGCUCCCACUUCUCGAAGGUACUUCCUCCAUCUCACUGAUGCUUCAAGGACAAAAUUACAGGAUGAAAUUGAUGAAUUUUCCGAUUCUUAUUUCUGGGAUUUAGACCUUGAAGGUCUCAGACAGGUCUUAAGCAAUGCCAAGCAAUUCGAAGACUCAAAAUCCAUUGAAUACUACAAGAAAAAGUUAUGUCCAGAGAAAAGAUGGUCCUGCCUCUUCGGCUGCUGCAUUUACUUUUACGCGUAUAGUCAAGCAUUAAGCACUGAAGAGGAAACUCUGUUGGGAAUUAUGGCUAAGAGAUUAGCGCUUGAAGUCUUAAUGGGCGGUGGUAAAGUCAGUAAUAAUCUUGCACAUGCGUCGCACCUUGUAGUCCUUGCAGAAGACUCUUUGGAUUUUACUACAGUUUCGAAAAGUGAAACGGAGAAACGUCAUCUGUUGAAGAGAAGGCUGCAUGUUGUUAGCUCGCAAUGGUUAGAGGACAGCUUGCAAAGAGAGCAAAAACUAUGCGAGGACGUCUACUCUCUGAGGCCUAAAGAUAUGGAAGAGUCUGAUACUGAAGAAUCAGAUAAAUGCGAACAUGAUACAACGGAAGUAGCUUCCUGUGGUGGUGCUCAAAUCGAAGAGCCAGUUUCCUCGCAAAUGGCAAUCACGAGUUCAAGAGGACGGUCAAAUACUCGAGCUGUUAAUAAAAGGGGAAGGUCUUCUACAAGCUCACUGAAACGAGUACAGAGACGCAGAGGCAAGCAGCCAUCUAAGAUAGGCGGAGAUGAAACAGAGGAGAGUGAUGCAUCUGAUGAAAAGGUGUCAACAAGACUCAGUGAUAUAGCAGAAGAGACCGAUUCGUUAGGUGAGGCCCAAAGAAACUCUAAGAGAGGAACAUCUGCAAAGAGAGGAAAGUCUCGUGUGGGACAAACCCAAAGAGUGCAGAGAUCACGAAGAGGCAAGAAGCCUUCAAAGAUAGGAGGAGAUGAGUCUGAGGAAAAUGAUGAUUUUGACGACAAGAAAAAUGAGUAUGCAGACGCGGAAGAGAGUAAUGCAGCUGGUAGAUUAGUGGAAGACAACGAAGAAACCCGAGACUCUGACAUAGCAAAGUACAAAGAAUCACUGCAAAGAGACAACACAGUAGCAGCUGGAGAGGCCUCACAAGAUUCUAGAAAUGCAUAUACAGAGAUGGAUACGAUAGAGAAGCAACAAAUCCAUGAGGAUCCAGUACAAGCUAUGUUGAUGGACAUGAUCCCAAGCCUCGGUCUGAAAAAGACAGAGACAUCAAACCGAAUCACUGAGGAAAGCAGAUUGGCUAAAGUUUCUGGUGAAUGCGAGUCUUCGGAGAAAAGAAAACUCGGCGCUGAGACUGAUAAUACUUCUGUGAACGCAGAGGCAGAGGCGGAGGCAGACGCAGUGCCUCCUCCUGUGAAGAAGAAGAAAGUUAGCUACCGUGAUGUUGCGGGAGAACUGCUCAAAGAC